AUGGCGAAUUUGAAAAAAGUACCACAAUAUCGAACAAUUCGAAGACGAAUUGUGCAGAACUAUUUGGCUGUUUGGCUCGAUGCUAAUGCUGAUUUAUCGAACAAUAACAUUCAGAGUAACAUCGAGCAGCUGCGUAAUGUAAUUAAUUCUGUGACCCUAUUCAACACGAUCGAAGAUUCUUUGAAAUUUCUAAAAGAAAUCGAAUCGGAAAAAAUAUUCGUUAUUACAUCCGCUGCCUUCGCGCAAACAUUAGUUCCACAAAUUCACUCAAUGAAAGCAAUAAAUACGAUCUAUAUCUGCGAUGAGGAUCAACCGUGGUAUGGACAAUGGGCUUCGGAAUGGCCAAAAGUUAAAGGACUUCAUCCCACGAUUCAACCUCUGAUUGAAAUAAUUCAUCCAGCUGCUAAGCGCUGCGAUCAAGAUACUACUCCGAUCAGUUUUGCGCGAAUGAACGAAACGAAUGAACAAGUUGAUCUGAAUCGAUUACAGCCGAGUUAUAUGUAUACUCAAAUAUUCAAAAAUGCAAUACUAAACACGAAAUAUGACAAUCAAAGUAGUUCAAUGCUAAUCGAAUUCUGCCGAGAUCAAUUUCAGGAUAAUCUGAGGACAUUAGCAGUCGUCGAUGAAUUCAGUCAAGCUUAUCAACCUGAUAAGGCAAUAUGGUGGUACACAAAAGACUGUUUUAUCUAUCCAAUGUUAAAUCGAGCCCUUAGACUUCUAGAAUCAGAUGUUAUUGUCUACAUGAGUUUCUUUAUUCACGAUCUUCAUCGACAAAUCGAAGAAUUAUACAAAGAACAAGCGUGCAGCUAUGGUGACAAACCAUUUGAUGUUUAUCGAGGACAAAGACUCUCAAUAGAUGACUUUCAUCAGCUGGGAAAAAGUCAAAAAGGAUUGAUUGCUUUUAAUAGUUUUAUUUCAACCAGUCAAGAUGAAGCACCAGCUUAUAUGUACGCUGAUAGUGCAACGCAAGACUUAGAGGUUAUGGGAAUAUUAUUCAUCAUGACCAUUGAUCCUAAAUUAGACACGACGUCUUUUGCUCGGAUCAGGAAUAUUAGCGCUAUCGAAGAUGAAGAUGAAGUGCUGUUUUCAAUGCAUGCCGUGUUUCGCAUAAAUAAAAUAGAAAAAGACAAAGUCAAUGAUCGUGUGUUCAAGGUGUUUCUCAGUUUAACUAAUGACAAUGAUCCAGAACUUCGUGUCUUAACUACGCAAAUUGAACAAGAAGAUGAAGAAGUUGGAUGGACACGAAUGGGCGACCUGUUGAUCUAUCUUGAAGAUCAAAGCCCAUGUAAAUACUAUCACGCCUUAGGAAAAAUUAAAGCAAAGCAAAGAAACCAUGAAGAAGCAGUUCAAUAUUAUCAACAAGCUCUUGAAGAGCAUGGCAAAUCUUGCACGUCAGAUAAAUUAUUUCCAACGCAUACAUACAACCAUAUCGGUAUGGUCUACAGGCACACGGGUGAUUACUCGAAGGCGCUUUCCUACCAUAAAAAAGCACUCGAUAUCCAACUACAAAUUCUUCCUUCGGAUCAUCCUGAAAUAGCCAUUUCGUACAAUAACUUGGGUUCAGUACAUCAUUCGAUGGGAGAUUAUCCUCAAGCACUUUCGUAUUAUAAACAAGCUCUCGGCAUUCAACAGAAACGUUCACUAGCAAAUCAUCCGAUGGUAGCUACUUUUUACAGCAAUAUUGCUUUGAUCUAUGAUAUGAUGGCCGAUCAUACUAAAGGACUCGCUUGCUGCGAGAAAGUCUUCGAUAUUCAACAGAAGUCUCUUCCUGCAGAUCAUUCUCAUUUCGCAACUUCUUACAAUAAUAUUGGCUUCGUGUAUUGUAAUAUGAACGAGUAUUCCAAAGCACUUGCCUGCUUUGAGAAAGCGCUCGAUGUUCAAAAAAAAAAUUAUCCCGAAGAACAUCCUGAUAUCGCUACAUCCUACAAUAAUAUUGGUUCCGUCUAUGAUAAAAAAGGUGACUACUUGCGUGCACUCUCCUACUAUGAACAAGCUCUUGCUGUUCAACAAAAGAAUCUUCCUGAACAUCAUCCUGAUACGAUAACUUCAUUUAACAACAUUGGCUUAAUGUAUGAAAAGAUUGGUAAAUAUUCCGAAGCACUUUUCUAUUUUGAGAAAGUUCUCGCAAUUCAACAGAAGCUCCUUGAUGCCAAUCAUCCUGACUUAGCUACAUAUUACAACAACGUUGGCUCGCUACAUUGUGACAUGGGUGAAUAUUCUAAAGCACUUUUCUAUUUUGAAGAAGCUCUCAAAAUUCGACAAAAGCAUUUUUCCGAAAAACAUCCUGAUAUAGCAGCAUCGUACAAUAAUAUAGGCUCGGUACAUGAAAAAAAGGGAGAUUACACACAGGCACUCUCGUACUAUGACAAGGCUCUUCAUACGCGACUAGAGAUAUACUCGGAAUGUCAUCUCGACGUAGCUGUUUCUUACAACAACAUUGCUUCGGUACACAAGAACAUGGGCUCGUAUUCCCAAGCACGUUCCUUGUUCGAAAAAGCCCUUGACAUUAAACAAAAACUCCCUUAUGUCGAUCGUUUUGAUCUAGCCGUUAGUUACAAUAAUCUCGCUUCGGUAGACGAUCUUAUGGGUCAUUAUGCACAGGCGCUCAUGUAUUACGAAAAAGCACUUUUGCUUUAUCAAGAAAGUCUGCCUGAUUAUCAUCAUCAUCCAAACUUGGUCUGCCUGUGGAGCAAUAUUGGAUUACUCUAUAAAAAUACAGGAGAGUAUACCCAAGCACUCGUGUAUCUUGAAAGAGCUCUUGAAGCAGCUCUCGUCUGUUUUCGUUCAGAUCAUCUCGACGUAGCUGUCUCCUACAACAAUCUUGCUUCCGUGUAUAGUGAUAUAAAUGAUCAUUCUCGAGCACUUUCCUGUUAUGAAAAGACUUUGACUAUUUUUGAAGCCAAUCUACCCGAGAGUCGUCUGAAUCUAGCUACUUCAUACAAUAAUGUCGGGGUGGUGCACAAAAACAUGGGAAACUACUCACAAGCGCUCUUCUUCUAUGAAAAAGCUCUUGAUAUUCGCCGGCAAGCUCUUCCUGAAGAUCAUCCCGAUAUCGCCAUCUCGUACAAUAACAUGGGUUUAGUUUACGCCAAUAUGAAUCGAAAUUCUGAAGCACUUGAAUUCUAUGAGAAAGCUCUUCUGAUUCAACAGAAAACUCUUCCUUCAAAUCAUCCUGAUUUAGCCAUGUCGUACAACAAUAUCGGUUUGGCCUACGACCAGACAGCGGAGUACUCUAAAGCGCUCUCCUAUCUCGAAAAAGCUCUAGAUAUUCAAGAAAAUACGAACCCUAUGAAUCAACACAGUUUGGCUACUUGUUACAACAACAUCGCUUCAGUGCAUCAAAGCACGAAAAACUAUUGUCAAGCUCUUUCCUUCUACACGAAAGCUGUGAGUAUUUGUGAAAAAUCUCUUCCAGCUAACCACCCGAACUUAGCUACUUCGUACAACAAUAUAGGCUCGGUGUAUCAUGCUAUGGGUGAACAUUCUCAAGCUCUAGUAUUUUUCGAGAAAGAUCUGGAAAUAUGUCAGCAAAAUCUUCCAAAAAAUCAUCCUGAUUUAGCUUCUUGCUACAACAACAUCCGUUUAGUAUAUCUACACAUGGGCGAUGAAUCCAAAGCACUCUACUUCCGGGAGAAAACGUUAUCAAUAUUGAAUAGUGCAGAUCGCUUGACAACAAAUUAA